AUGUUUCAUAGGAUCUCUUUAUUUGAAGAAAUUUUGAAAAAGCUUGACAAUCGUGCUUGCAGCUGUCCUAGACUUCCUUUGACGUCUCGUGAGUCAGUGACCGCCCCGAACCAACGGCUAUCAUAA